UCGCAGGGGCGGUGACGUACAAUCUAAAAUUCACUACAUAAAGGGAACUGUUCUCGUGAGAUACUGGUUAAUGAACUAAGCACACCUCCAUUGGGAUUUGACGACCGUUACGUCGUGCUCGAUGUGAUGGUUGUUGUUUUGGUUGUUGUACGUAGCCUAGCAUAUUUUCUUAGUUAACAGUGCGAUUUAACGACCAUUAAACAUCCAUGAAACCGACAGACUCGGAUGAAGAUGAAGCAGAGCACCCGAGCUCCAUGCAGAAGGAGCUGAGACAGCGGGCCAACCAAAGCAUCCAGCAUCUGAGCAGUGCUCUGCUGCAGCUGGACCCUGAUGGAGAUGAGGUGGAGAAGGUCAGAGGUGGUGAUGAAGACCAUUUUACAAGCAUGGCCGAAGAGGACAAGGCUGCAUGGAACCAAAAGUCACAGAGUGAAGCAGUUAAUCAGCUGAAGAGCCUUCUGCUGAAGCAGGGCAGAGAAAUUCCCACACCUGUCUCCCCUUCCAAGAAACAGUCUCCAUCCAAGGAGGGGAUGUCCAGUUUACCUGCCUUUCAGGAUUUGGUUCCUGUAUUUCACAAGUCAGAAUACAUCCAACAUCUGGAAGCUGAGGUUAAAUUCUGUAAGGAGGAGCUGCAGGGAAUGAAACAACGGAUCGGAGUAGUGGUGGUGGAAAAUGAGAAGUUGCGUUCAGAACUGAAAGCCAAAGCUGUGGAUGAAUCCUUAAAAGAUUACACGAUCCGAAACUCCACGAUGAACGAAGUCAUCGACAACAGCCACAUAGCCUCCGUUAGAGACCACAGUGUGCAACAGAAAGAAGAACACAACACAUGGAAAAAUGAGCUGGAAAAACUGAAGGUGAUCUACCAGGCCCAGAUGGAAAGCUUGGAGGCGCAGGUCAUCUCUCUCAGAAAGGAUCUGUCAGUCAGUCAGAAGGAGUGCGAGGAGGUGAAGCUUCGCCUGAGACACAGGGAGAAGCAGGCCGCAGAUGCACUGAAGGCUGAUGGAGCUCCUCGUGUGGCAGGAUUGUGCCUGAAGUGUGCACAGCAUGAAGCUGUGUUGGCUGGGACUCACACAAACCUGCAUGUCCAGGCUAUUGACAGGCUCACAAAAGAGCGGGAUGAGUUACUGGUGGCUCUGCGUGCUGUGAGGACCAGUCAGCAAGAGACACAACAGAGGGAGUGGUCGGCCUGUCUCCAGGUCAAACAGGCUGUGGAGAUGGCAGAGGAAGCAAACCUGCAGAAAGCUAGGGUGGAGGUGCAGUGCGAGCAGUUGUCCAGGGAGCUGGCUCGACAGAGAGAACAGCUCGACCGAGACGCACACGGUUUGCAGCAGAGACUGGCUGAGGCCAGAGAGGAAGGCCGAGCAGAGGCCCGCAAACAAAAAGAGGAGCUGACGAAUAUAGUGUCUGGCCUUUCCCAGCGUGUCGCUGAGUUGGAAGGACAGCUAGACAGAGCUCUCAGAGACAAGAGUUCGCUGACCAGUCAGCUGGAGGACACUCUCCGCACACUUACCAGCCAGGAACAAGAAAACACAAAGGUAUGUGUGGAUCUGAGAUAUCAGCUCAGCCAGGCCGCGCUGAAGAAACAGGAGGCUGAACGAGAGCUCAGAGAGCUCAAUGCCAAGACCAGCAGACAGAUGGAAAAGGCAGCACAGGAAGUGGAAAGGCUGAGCUCAGAGCUGGUUGGCUGUCGGCAGCAUCUGGAGGCGGUCCAAAAGGACGGGAGCCAAUGGCAGGCCGAAGCCCUGAGCCUAGCAGAACAGCUGGCAAAUGCCCAGCGCCAACUGCACCUCACCAGACAGGACAGAGAGGGUGCAGACCGGGCUCACGAAGAGGAAAUGGCAUCUGUGACUCUUUCAGCUCGGGAAAGGGAGCGAGAGCUGACUGUGAUGCUGCAGCAAGCAGAAGCCGAACACCUGCAGAGAGUUGGAGAGUUGGAUGGUCUCCUGAGUUCCCAGAAUUCCCUCAUUGGGAGGCUGAAGGAGGAGUGCUGCAACCUGGGGACCAAACUGGAAGAGCUGGCUGAAAAAAGCAGAAGUGAGCUGGAACAGCUGGCAUUGGAGAAACAACACUUGGAGGAAACGGUGAAGAAUCUGAGAGCUCGCUGCUCGGAUAUGGAAGAACAGUGUGUCCAGCACGGUCGCAUGCACCAGCGCAUGAAGGACAGGCUGCAGCAGUUGGACCGUCACUGUCAGAGCAGCGCCCAGCAGGUGUGUGAGCUGCUGGCCAAACAGAACCAGCUGAUGCAGGAGAGAAACACACUGAGCGAGGAGAUGCAGAGCCUACGCAUCGAGCUGCCGAACAUGAGACGAACUGAGACUCUGUCCACAUGAGUCUGUCUCGCCGGUUUCCCUUCAUCGCUCCGUGGAUCAGGAUGUUCUGUUCGUUUGUCAACAGGAAAACAAACCGUUGUUUACUUAGAGGAUAUUUAUGUCCUCUAUUCAGUAUUAAUGUGGAUUGUGUUUAUGUAACUGGGUUUUUUGUGGCAUUUUUUUUGUCUCAUGAGUGUAAUUAUGAUUGAUAAGUCAAGUGAGUAUUUGAAGUUGUUUUUUUUUCCCCUCCCACUUUAGUAUUCAUUUUAAUAAAUAAAAGCUCAGUUCACUAAUGAGCUUUCUGAAGUAAUACUUCUUUAUAUAGAAAUGCUAAAAUGAUGCACAACUCAAUGUCCAAUAGGAAGUGUCCUGGAUUAAAAACUGUAAAGAUCCUAAUCCAAACUUUACUUCCAUUACAGGAUUUUAUUUGCUGGGAAACUUUGAGCAUAAAGUGCCUCUGUAAACCUCUGCCAUACUGGACAUAGACUUGAUUUAUGUUAAAGAUUGUUAUGUGUGCAAGGUGCACCCCCAACACUCAUUUUGUGAGUUUUUAGUGAACAUUGUUUUUUUGCUCUGUUUAGACUGAGCUGAAAGUUCGGGGCGGUCCACAAAGCGAACAAAAAGUCGACACGAUGGCAGCAGAUUGACAUAGUGCUUUAUUGAAGCUGUCUGUAAGAAGGAAAAUAAUGUGCAUCCCUAUCAUAUACAUUUUAUGUGUAAAAAUACUAAGGAUGUACAGAGUAAAAAAAACAGCUUCAUGUUGAUGGUAAUUUGUUGUUUUCACAUCGUGGCGGGCUCACUGGCCAGCAGCUCUGCAUCUGCACGGAGCACAGAAAAAUGCAGUUUGAUCCGCUUUUCUGUGAAGCUCUCCAAUGUUUCCCCGAUGCCGUGUCAGAGUCUACGCCGUCUCUGUGCCUUCGACAAGAGCGACGCCGACCUCGGCCGCGCAGCGACUCGGGAAAACGCGGCCCACUCUGCCGAACAGCUGGAUUCUGUCCGCAAAUGUCUCAUGCAACUGUAAAGCUACAGUGGAUGGACAUGGCAUCAAAACCCAGUUAUACUGUGUAAUAUUUGUACAUGUUUGCUGUUUUGUUUUUUUUUGUUUGCCGUUUAUAAAUAAAUGCAUCUCAUGCUUGUUUAUGUUAACUGUGAUGAUAGCGGCCUAGUACCAGAGAGAGGAAAGGGGAGGGGGAAUCUGCCGCAGACACGAGGUCGAACACUUUCACCUUCCAAACACUCGAGCUUUUACUGAUCACCUGGCGGAGAGCGGUUUGCCGUUUAGAGCUGAUGGGUUCAUUAACAAUGGAAGAGGUCGGUUGUUGAAAGAAUUUUACAAAUGUCUGAAACGUAAGUGGGGUCUUAUGUGUUGUGUGAUAGGUGUACAAAAAGCAGCAGCUUUAAGAGGGAACACCAUCAGCGCAGCAUCAAAUCUCAAACUGUUGAGGUCACCAGUAAAGCCGUGAGGAACAAUGAAUUUCUGCAUUCAGUUUAAGAACCUCAGUGCUGAGAACUGAGCCACGUGUCCACGUUGCUGACAAAGUCUGUUACAAAAGGGUUACCUUCCCCCCUAUUAAAAGUCAGAGGAAACCCUUCUUUUUUUAUGAUCUCUGACCCCACAGUCAGACUCUGAUAUCAUUGCUGUCACUACAGGGACCUGUAUCCAUCGAGGAUAGAGUGGGGGAGAGUUGGUGGCUUACUGUUAAAAAACUUUGCGAAUCAGAGCAGGAAUCUGGGACAUCAGUGCCACGGCUGAUCAGUGGAUUUGUUUUUUUUAAACAAACACUGACCAAUUUACUAAAAAUUCCAACUGAGCCCAGUUCACAGCCCGCUCUAACUCGUCUCAGCGUGCGGUACACUUCAUCCGGUCUCGCCAACUCUCAACAUCAGAGCAACAUCAAAGCUAGUGGUUGUAGAUGGAGGGGGAGAUGUGUUUUGAAAAAUCCUCAUUUCCUUAUAAACAUAAAAAAACAAGCUAAAAGUCUUCCUUUAAAGCAGAGCUGAACCAGACUCCUCUGAGUCAUAUAAAAAGUGAUGGGUGUUGAAAGUGCUAUGGCCGAAGCUACAAAGCGAUAUUUUAUGAACUCUGGUUUCUAAUGAUUUUUGGCGUUAAGCGUGCACAUGCAGCUAGAACUCCUCAGUCGCUCGCAGACCUGGGUCAAAUCAAAGCUGAAAUCCUUCCAAAUACUUGGGGAGCGUUUGCUUGAGCCUGUCGAGGGUGCCAGCUGGGUGGGAUUUGUACUCAUUUCGCUUCAGCUGUGCCAGACAGGCUCAAUCGAUCACAGAGCAGUAUUUUUCAUAAGAGUUCUGAGUGCCACUUUGACUCAGGACUGGUGAAGCGGACAGAGGAGGACUACAGCUUGCAGGCCAGCGCCAUCCUUUUAUACUUUCUGCCAUAAAGCGCCUAGUAGCGGUUUAAUGGAUGUGCAACAGUAAAGCAUAUGGACUUCAGAGCAGCGGAAAAACAGGUAAUUUGUUGUAUAUCUGGAAAUGGAAAAAAAAAGGAGACAUUUAUUUUUAGCACAAAGUGUUGAAACACAGCUACAUCCCCUUACUGCUAAACGCCAAAACAACAUUAAAUAAAUUAAAUAGAAAAUCAAUUCAAGUUAUCCAUCAAUAAAGAUAAAAACAUUCAAAUAAAUAAAGUGGAAUACAGUUUUCCACGGCUAAUAAGAGCACAUCCCCUGGUACUCUUUUAAUCCGUCAUCCAGACACUGAAGGUGACAUCUCCCCCACAAGAUGAACAUGUCGCUAUUUCAAAUUUUUAAAAAUAUAUUACCUCACAUCUGGCGAUAUAUAUAUUUUUGUCUCAGAAAUGCUGGGUGUCAACGUUUUUGACUUGUUCUGAGCUAAUCUGUAAGGCUUACCGGCCAUUUGAAGACAGUGACUUUGAGGGGACUUUCAAAUCUUGUUGGUCAGACUGGAAGACAUACGACAACGUGAUGAAAGAAGAAAAUUCCACACCGGAGAAAUGACGGCGCACGUCACAGACAGAAGAGCGCGGGGAUGGUUUAGUGGUAAGGACCUGAUCUUUAAAUAAACUUGUUCUUCUAAACAUCCAAAGAACCGACAGGAACACGACGACUCGCCUUCAAACGUACAUUUCUUAACCGAGUACUAACUCACCUCUCUCCUCGAAACACUUACAGCUAAAGCCUUGCAUUCAGCCUUUUGUGCUGCACUUGUUUUCCUUCUGCUCAACUUCCACUUUGUCUUUCUCACCCAACUGUGCCUCAACCAUCACCAACACACACCUGUAAUAAGAAUAAAUAUGAGCGACAUCUACUAGUCUUCAUAUCUGACAUCUCAUUGAGAUAAUUAUGCAGAUUCCUAGGUGUCCAUUCUCCCAAACUUUCGUCGUCUGUCUUUAAUAUGUCCUGUCACCUCUGGGCUGUCACAUUUUGGUCACAAAACAACACGACAACAUUAAAACAAAACAAAAAAACACAAAUGGAGCAGGAAGGCUAUCUGCUUUCCCUCCUACAUUCUUCAGCCAUUUUUGUUUCUUGAGGUGCUUUUUUUCCUCUCAGCCCUAAGAAAUAACAAUAUAUUUCUUUCUAUAAUAAUGUAAUAACAAUAGAAAAAGUUAAAUAGAAAACUGAUGAGUAGAACAAUAAAUAAAACAUAUAUAUAUUAUAACCAUUGCUGUGAUUCUUGUAAACCCAUAACUGUUGACGUGUACCUCCUCACGAAACAUAUAUACUUUUUAAAAUCCUACAAGAGAAACUCACAGGAAACAGAUCAGCUGUUACCUCACGGCUCCUUAUCACAUUAUAAAUAUUUCACAUCUUUCCUGAUUUUUUUCUCAUCACUGCACUCACCCUGCCAGCUCAGACUUUUUUUUUUGCUCUGUGCUGAAUCUGCUCCUUUCUUCAGGUUCCCUUUCCUGCACAAAGACACAGAGGUACAGCCGCAUGGAUCCAAAAGCCGCUAUAACAACGCGUCACAGUAAAGCUUUCCAUCGUCGAAACAAAAGUACCGAUUUGCUUUUGUUUUCCCUUUCAGAGAUUUAAACUCAGAGGGACUGAAAACUAAAAAAGAAAAAAAAAAAAUGGGGGGAACAUUCAAACCAGCUAUUUUCACCUCUGCAGUAAUAUAUGCAUCGACCAUCUUGCACUGCACUGUAGGUUAUGUAGUAAAGCUCAUGGUUUGGGAGACACAUCCUUCUGAACUGCUGUGCUUUGAGAUGCGAUCUUAAAACACAAACCCAUAACUGGACCUUAAACACGCACACAGACACACACGACACGCAUUUGAUCUACAGAGCUGAUGUGUAAGAGCUGCAUCAGGAGCAGCAGCUGUUCUGCAGCUGUAUAAGCAUAGGUGUGGUUCAUGUUUUGCUGGCGCCUGUAUAAUGAUCAGCAGCAUUUAGCCAGUAUUGUAGCACCGGGUUUUAGUAGUAGCAGUAAUAGUAUAAGAGCAGUAGGAACAGCGGUACCUGUAGUAGUUGUUGUAGUAGUUGAAAUAGCAGCAACGAUGAUAAUGACUUGCACUGAGCAAAACCUGAGUCAAAUCCUGCUCGACAACAUGAGGUGUGUAGGAUUCUGCUCACUGGUGACAACUGCUUCCUCGAUGCGGCAGCCUCAAUAAAUCCCAGAAUUAUGUAACUGAGGAUUUCAAAUCUGACCUGUCUGCAAAAGCCUGAGAUACAACUGGUAAUGGCAGUUUGGGUUUUGAAUGAUUCAAAAUGCUGUGUUUCCGUCCCACGGAUAAAGAAGCCACAAAAACGUCUCCUUAGAAAUGCAUCAGCUGUUGUCUAAGUGCAUCAGAGAUGUUCGUUUUUAGAGUUUGGCAGGGCUGACACGUCAAAGCACAGCAGGCCACCGGAGGUGCUCCCAUCAUUAAAGGGUCAUUACAUAACAACUGAUCACAUCACAGUUCGGAUCACCUGGGGUUGCAGUGCAGGAUUAGACCGUAAUUUUGCCUGAAGGUUUUUUCUAAGGAGGGACUGGGGAGAAUUUAAAAAAAAAAAAAAA